GAAUAAGAACACUCUCUACUCUUAUCUUGUGUCUUUUCUCUAUGUCCUCGCUAUUAUUUAUGUUCCUCUUCGCUGUUAUUUUAUCACAUGUUAUCAGCAGGAAGCUCAGUUCAAUGCUUCACCCAACGAUUUUUUAGUGUGCAAUGCCUCAUGGUCAUUCUUCUCUUGUUGCUAAUGUUCGAGGUAUAUCAAUUCACCUAAAUAUUUAUCACUUUUCGUUUAAAGAGAAAAAGAAAUAUACAAUGAAAUGUUGAUAAUAUAGUUUGACGAAAAAUUUUGAGAAGGUAAAUUCUGCCUAGGUAGGUAAAUUCUACAACCCUUACCUUGAUCCCUAAGAUAGCUUCUGUAGAAAGAAUGGACUUUCAUCCGAUUUCUUGCUAUAAUGUCCUUUAUGAACUCAUUGGAAACUCACAAUGUGCCUUCAUAAAAGGAAAGUUGAUUUGUGAUAACAUCUUAAUGGCAUCCAAGUUGGUUAAGGACUAUAAUAAGACAUCUAUAACACCUAGAGGUGUAGUUAAAAUUGAUUUGAUGAAAGGUUUCGGCUCGGUGAAUCAGAAAUUUCUAUUCGGAGUCAUGAGGGCAAAGGGUAUACCUCAUUGGUUUGUUACUAGGGUCCAAGUCUGUGUAUCUUCACCUAUGUUCAUUGUCUCAUUCAACGGUUGGUUGUGUCACUAUUUCUCUAGUGUUAAGGGUCUUAGCCAUGGUGACCCUCUUUCUCCCUACUUAUUUACGAUGGCUAUGGAGGUAUUCUCAUGUUUAUUGGUUAAAGCUACAAUGGAAAAGGAAGGAUACCUUUUCACCCUUGUUGCAAGUACUUAACCAUUUGCCAUUUUGUUUUUGCAGAUGAUGUUUUUAUCUUCUGUAAUGGCACCUUAGAAGCUGUGGAAGGUAUUAAGGGGCUUUUACAUGAUUUUCACUGUCUUUCUAGUCUGAAAUGCAAUCCAAGAAGAGUAAGCUUUUCUUUGGUGGUUAUUAUAGGAUGAUCAGAAGAAUAUUGCUACAUUGAUAGGGUUCCCUCUAGGUGUCUUUCCAGUUAGAUAGCUCGGGGUGCCCUAUCCGUGAUGGCAAACUCACAAAGGGUGAUUGUAAAGGGCUUGUGGACAAGAUAACUGCCAGAACAAGAGGCCAAAAUUCUAAACUUUUGAGCUAUGCAGGUCAUAUACAGUUGGUUUAAUCUGUGAUCUCUAACGUUCUGCGUGGAUGAGUGUCUUCUUACUUUUGCAAAGUGUGCUUCAUGAAAUUGAGGUCAUCUAUAAUAACUUCUUAUGGGGUGUGGGAGAAAAUGGUUCUCGGUCUAGAGAUCUGGUAGCUCGGGGUUUGUGGUUUUGUUAAAAUCAUAAUGGGGUUCUAGAGUUAAGAACUUUAGGGUGUGGAAUCGUGCUUGUGUUAGUAGGCAAAUCUGGCAUAUUCUAGCAUGAAGUGGAUCUCUUUGUGAUAUUCACAUAUGCAUGACAAUAGUUUACCUAAAACAUGUCAAUUAACAUAUUCUAAAAUCCACCCAUGCUAAUGAAAUGAAAUACAAAUUGUGCAAUCGUCAAAAUACUAUCACAAGAGUAAUAGUACUACAAGAAUCACAUGAACAUGUCAUUCAAAUCCUCGUGAUUUUUUUUAAACAUCUCACCAAUUUAUGAGCGAUUUUAUCAUUUUGGGAGUGAUAUAUAGAAUGGGAUGGGUCUAACAGGUUGACCCGCUAAUCCACCCAACCCAAAAAAUCACGGGUUAUUGGGUUCGGAUCAUUCGGAGUGCGCGUUAUAAAAAUUUCUACUUUUUGGGUGGUUUCGGGUCGAAUCAACGGGUCGGAUUGUAAUUUGUCAGGUCUACUCCGAAAACCACCAAGGGGCCUUGCUUGGAACGAACCUGGGAUGAGUUUUGACUAUACAAAUGUAUUUUAUAAAAAAUAAAAAUAAAAAAACUUUUACAUCGAUCUUCUCUAUUAGUAUAGUUAGCAUACUUAACAGUUCCGUUAAACUUGAACGGAGUUUUUUUUGCAUAAAAUGAUUACAUUUGUCCUUAUUAAAAAAGUGAUUACAUGUACAAAUUAUGACUAUCAUAAUAAAGCAAUCGCUACCAACUGACACCGAGGGCGAAUUCUCAUGACCAAACUAUACACAAGCUGUAGGGCUAUUCAGCCUUUUGAGUCAUUGCGUCGGCAAGUCACUUACCGAACAUGACAUCUUCACACAAAACCGAAAGCACUUAAACAACACCGAAGCCUGCAUGUCCCUGCGGCACAAUUGAAAAAGGAAAUCUAGCAAGAGCUCGAACCACUUUCCAUACUUAAUUGCGUUGAAGUGAUCCUUGAGAAGAACUUAACUUCCUUCCUUCCAAGAGGCCACGCCUAACCCACCUAAUCUAGAAGAACAAAAGAAACAAGUUAGUACCUAGUGGUUCAACUCCAGAAGACCCAAUUCCUCCAUCUGUUUCCUUCCCACCAAAAUAUAAACCAAAUUACGCAGCUAGCCCAGCUCUAUCCAUCGUGGUUAAUUCGUGCAUGGCACAUAUCAACAUGGAGAGACUACUCAAGCUUGGGAUGUGUCUAACAGUACUACUAACGACGACGAUGGUUCCAGCGAUGACCAGGGCGCAGAUGAUCAGCACGCCCUGCACAGCUUCAAUGGUCACCAGCUUCACGCCUUGCAUCAAUUUCGUCACGGGGAGCAGUAGCAACGGGACCUCCCCCGCCGCCAGCUGCUGCGUGGCGCUCAAGGAGCUGGUGGCCGCAAGCAUGGACUGCGCUUGUCUUUUGCUGACGGCCAAUGUCCCCAUUCAGCUGCCCUUCGCCGGCCCUCUCUCCAUUCCCCUCCCCAGGCCCUGCAAAAUGGCCGUCCCCUUGCGCUGCAAAGCUGCUGGGUCUCCACUGCCGGCACCUGGGCCGGCCAUUUUGGGCCCAUCCUCUCCUCCACCUAGUCCUUCUAGCCCACAAGCUUCGGCGGCAGCAGAUGCGCCAGCUUCACAUUCCACGGGGACCCUGCCACUUUCGCCCCCGGCAAUCUCGCCGGAAGCAGGCGACCCCACCGACGGGACUCUACCUUUUGUUAACACCUCGGCGUCUGUUUCAUCACACGACGUGCCACCGGCAGCUUUCCUGCUAAUAACUAUGGCGAUCAUACUAGUAACUUAUAAUUGUUUCUAACGAAACAAUCAUAUACCAAGACGAUGUUCUGUACUAGACCUUUGAUUUGCGAACUUUGAAUAAAUUGCUCUAAACUCUCGAAUAACUACUCGUGUUCUUUAUGGUGAGAAGAGCAAUUAUAAAUUGACUAUAAAUUAACUACUAAACUAUAGAAAGAAAUUCGCAAGCAAUAUAGCUGAGUUUCUCUUUCGUCAACGAUAAUAUCAACUAGUACUAUAAAUACAUAUGAGUAGGCACUAGCCUAAAAUAAUUCAAGUUAUCAACUAAGUUAGUAGCAAACUAAAACUAGUUUUACGAGCAGAUACAUUAAUGGGAAUAAAUUUUAUUUUCCGAC